CAACACCCCCUCCUUCCGCCCCUCCACUCACAGAAACGGAAUUAAAAAAUCUUUAAUACCUUUCCAGCAAACGAGCCUCCAUUGCUGCAGCGCGGAUCAAACCCUGUGGGCCUCAGAACCCAGACAGAGAAGGAGAGCCUGCACACAUCUGACACCAGCACCAUCCACAAACACAGAGGACAGAGGCCAAAGUGGAUGGACUGGACGGAAAACGCCGCUGACACUGACAUCGUGACACCAGUUCUGUCUGUGGAUCUGUGCAAGGCGCUCUCCUGAUUGUGUAAUAUAUUUAUUUAUUUUUUUCCCCCCCUCUCUGCAAGCCUGCAUCCGAGCGCGCAAAGAGGAACAGAAGAAGAAAAAAAAGAGGAGGAGGAGGAGGGGAUUGCAACAUUCAUCCAAAUUUAUUUUUCUUCCUAUUACAUGGCGCAAGGGCUAUGCAAACGGGACCGUCCUGGGUGUGAUACUGCCACGGUGAAUUUGGAUAUCCACGCAGCAGCGGCAGCAUCAGCAUCAGCAUCAGCAGCAGCAUCCUCCUCCAUCCAAGGAAGAAGCAUCCUCAGCUGCGGCGGCGCCCACACCACCGACUCCUCAUCCUCCUCCUGCCGGCUCUAUGUCGAGUGAUGGUCGGCUUGCCUUGCUGGAUGCUCCCCGCUCUCUCCGGAUCGUCGACGACCGAACCUCCUCUGACCGCAGACCCCCAUUUUCGGCGGAAACCUUCCCAGAGCUAUAGGGCUACAUAUGGAAACUGGGGAUCAAAAUUUUAGGAAAAAGGAAAAUCUAAGCGGUUAAUUUCGUUUUGGUUUUUUGGUUUUUUUUUUUUUUUUUUAGGUUUUCAUCGGCUUUGAUUUCUAUCGGAUUUUUGUGUGUGUUUUUAGAAGCCUGCUAAUUAAUUAAUUUAUUCGUUGAGCCUUGAUUUCCUCAUUCCAUCGUGUGCAGGGGUUGAUUUGUGGAAAGCCCAACGUUCAUAUAGAACCUCAUAAUAGGUCGUUAGAAAAAAAACAACAAAAAAACAAAACAGGUCGACAGUUGAUUUUGAAAUCUUCUCGACAGGACUUGAAUUGUUCUCUUUUAUGUUUCCAGUAAUAUGAAAUAUUUCCUUGCUGUCCUUCGUCUCCCUCCCCAGUUUAUCUCCUUGCUUUUCCCCUUUUGACUAACAGAACCCAUUAGAAUAACAGUAUUUAUGACAGUAGUCUUUAGGAUCUCUUUAGCUCUAAUACUGAAUUCUUACUAGCACAUGUAAACGCAAUGAUAGCCUCUGACUAAAGUAACUGUAACUCAUACUAACAGACAUAUUGAACUGUUGUACUGUAAGCCUGCCAUUACUCUAACACCGCCCCCCCUCCUCCAGCCUUGUCUCUGCUCCAUUUGAGCUCAUGUUAAUUCAGCUGUGUGCUUCUGCUCUAACCUUUACCAGUCCACAAACAGGUUGCCUAGUUCUUUCUGUGGGCCUGUAGAAGCAGCCCUGCCUCACUUCGGUUUGUGUCACUUCCAUUUUUCGGCUCAGAAAGGCUCCAGGACAUCAUUCAUCCUUUCCAGCUCAGUCUUAUUAUUCACGUUUGAAGCUUUUUUGUUGCUGCCAGUGCUCCAUCUGCAGCUGAAGGCGCACAGGCCUGUUGAGGUGCUGUCACACUCUGCAUCCACACACACUUAGGCUUUUGGAGUAGAAAAGUCACAGAAAAAAAAACAAAAAAACAGAGGAGGAGAGACAUCAGCGCCUCUUCUUCUCUCAUCCCUAAAUCUUGCGCCUUCCUCAGUUUUUCUCUGGUCUUGGUCCUCACCCAAACGCAACCAUAAGGUUCCUACCGCAUCCUCCCCCUCCUUCUUCCCUCUCCUUCCGCACGAGUAUAUCCCGUUUUUUCGGUUUGAUUUGGUCCCGCAAAUUUUCAAAUAUUUACUUCCUAUACAUCAAGAGGAAAGGGGGUCCCCCUUUCAUGGAAUGCGGAAACAUGGGUCUGUUCGACCGCGGAGUCCAGAUGCUGCUGACCACGGUGGGCGCCUUCGCGGCCUUCAGCCUCAUGACCAUCGCGGUCGGCACGGACUACUGGCUGUACUCCCGCGGCGUCUGCAAGACUAAGUCCAUCAGCGAGAACGAGACCAGCAAGAAGAACGAAGAAGUGAUGACCCACUCAGGCCUGUGGAGGACCUGCUGCUUAGAAGGAAACUUCAAAGGGAUGUGUAAACAGAUAGACCACUUUCCUGAAGAGACAGAUUAUGAAGCAGACCCAUCUGAGUACUUCUUACGUGCGGUACGAGCCUCGAGCAUCUUCCCCAUCCUCAGCGUCAUCCUGCUCUUCAUGGGAGGCCUGUGUAUAGCUGCCAGUGAGUUCUACAAGUCACGCCACAACAUCAUCCUCAGCGCAGGGAUCUUUUUUGUGUCUGCAGGCCUGAGCAACAUCAUUGGGAUCAUUGUGUACAUAUCAGCCAACGCAGGGGACCCUUCAAAAAGCGACUCCAAGAAGAACAGCUACUCCUACGGCUGGUCCUUCUACUUCGGCGCCCUCUCUUUCAUCAUGGCUGAGAUGGUGGGCGUCUUGGCCGUGCACAUGUUCAUCGACCGCCAUCGACAGCUCCGGAUAGGGGCGCGCGCAGCCGACUACCUCCAAGGCUCGGCCAUAACACGAAUCCCCAGCUACCGCUACCGCUACAGACGCCGCUCACGCUCCUCCUCCCGCUCCACAGACCCAUCACAUUCCCGUGACGCCUCACCGGUGGGCCUCAAGGGCUUCAGCGCGCUGCCAUCCACAGAGAUCUCCAUGUACACGCUGCCCCGAGACACCCUCAAGUCCUCCGGCACGCCGACCGCCACCUACAACUCUGAGAGGGACCACAACUUCCUGCAAGUCCACAACUGCAUCCAGAAGGACCUGAAAGACUCCAGCCACACCAACACAGCCAACCGCCGCACCACUCCUGUAUGAGGGAGGCGACUUAGGCCAGGCCAGCCGGCGGAGAAAAGAGACCAGGAGACACGGGAACCCCUGUGGGUCCAGUUCGCCCCAGGAGAAGAUGGAUUUCCAUGUUUAUAGACAUUUGUUCUUUUUGUUCAGCUGCAUGACUUUUCCAUUACCAUUGUUGAGAGAGUUUCAACAAGUCUGCUGAGAUCGUGGACUGAAUGGCAGAAGAGUGAGAAUGAGUCAGGUUGUCCCGAGAGAGUGUCAUUUUUUGCGCAGGGUUUGUUUAUGAGGUCCGGGGCCCUGAACAGGGG